CGACAGCAGUCAGCUGAGUGGAGAGUCGAAUCAAGAGACCUUCAACCUUCCCCCCGCAAGAUCGAGCUUCGAGUAUAAUCGGCACGAAGGCCUCUGCCGCGCGGAGUCAGUCGCUGGCCGGCUGCCCCUUCAACGUUAUUUACCACUUGAUCGUGAGCGAACGACAUCCGUCAAUAUGAGCGAAAAAACGGUGCCAAAUGCUAUCAAGUUCCUCAUCGGUGGUACCUCCGGGAUGGCAGCCACAUGUUUUGUCCAACCACUGGACUUGAUAAAGAAUCGCAUGCAGCUAAGUGGCACGAAAACUUCAACAGUGCAAGUAAUUUCAUCGAUAAUGAAAAAUGAAGGACUCAUGGCAAUGUAUUCUGGACUGUCUGCUGGCCUCAUGCGGCAAGCAACCUAUACAACAACAAGGCUAGGAAUUUACACAUGGCUCUUUGAAUUAGCAUCGAAAGACGGCCAGCCAAAUUUUUUGACAAAAGCUGGCCUUGGUAUGGUAGCUGGAUGUAUUGGUGCAUUUGUUGGAACCCCAGCAGAAGUUGCUCUCAUUCGUAUGACAGCUGAUGGUAGAUUAGCAUUAGCUGACAGACGGAAUUACAAGAAUGUAUUUGAUGCAUUGUUUCGAAUGACAAGAGAAGAGGGAAUAUUUACCUUGUGGCGAGGAGCCAUCCCUACAAUGGGUCGUGCCAUGGUAGUUAAUGCUGCUCAAUUGGCUUCGUAUUCACAAGCUAAACAAGCUCUCCUUGAAACAGGCUAUUUUGAAGAAAACAUUACUCUGCACUUUGCAAGUUCCAUGAUUUCUGGUCUAGUCACAACUGCAGCAUCCAUGCCUGUUGAUAUUGCUAAAACUAGGAUCCAAAAUAUGAAAACAAUUAAUGGAAAACCAGAGUAUUCAGGUGCCAUAGAUGUGUUGACCAAAGUUGUGCGUAAUGAAGGAUUAUUUGCUCUCUGGAAAGGAUUCUUUCCAUAUUAUGCCCGUUUGGGACCUCAUACUGUCUUGACAUUCAUUUUCUUGGAACAAAUGACCUCGUUCUACAAAACACGUUUUGCGUAAUUAUCCAAAGUCGGCCAUUUCUACUCUAUUUUCAAGUAAUUACCAAUGCAAGCCCAGUUUAACACAAAUAACAAAAUAUAUUUUUUUUAUUUCUUUAUCUGUACGAUUUUGAGAAACGAUACAUUCUUUCAGCAUUCUUUUACAAGUGUAAGAAUCGUCGGGUACGAUUCGAAAAAUUUAACAUUUAUAUUACGGUAAUUUUUUAAAUGACUAUAAAUAUGCAAUUUUUUGUUAUCAAUUAUACGUACUGUAUAUACAUGUGUUAUCGAUUUAGAACGUAUACAGAGCUACGUCUAGUUAGAGUAAUAUAUUUUUACAAUAAAAAGUAAAUUGUUAUAUGAAACGUUCUGCAAUGUUUUAGAAUGUUCAAAAACCAAAAAUAUACAAUUACUUCAGUAAUACGACCAUUAUUUGAACUUUUGAAUAACUGUUUAUUGUAUUAAUAAAGUACUACGAUUCGUUUUGAAUUCUUGCUUUUUUUUCGCAAAAUUAACGUUACAUGUUAAAUAAAUUAUUAACACUAAAACCUGGUAAAACGUAAAAACAAGUGAUGUCAUGGUAGAGUGGGAGAUUGUCAAAAUUAUUAUCUAAUUAUAUUCUCUAGUCUACCUAAGUAUAAUAAGUUAGCGUGUAAAUUUUACUUUGAAAUUUCAUUUAUGUACAAUAGUUUUUGUUACUUGCAUUAUUAAAUUGAAAUAACUUUUAAAUGAUUUGCAAUA